AUGGACGAGAUUGCUAAAGCUCGGAAAUCAGGGCAUAAGGAAGCUGCAAAGACUCUUGUUAUCUUAAACCACGAUGAUCGCAAAUCAGUCCUUCGAGCUGCCUGCUACCUAUCAACGGAUAACCUCAAGAAGCAGUGCGCUAUUUUGGGAUGCAACCUCACCAAGAAGCUCAAUAGGCACUGUUGCUCUGGUGGCCACAGGAAGUAUGCAGAGAAGCUCUCUAGAGCAAACCACGCCUUCCAUCACUUUGAGGGCUUCACAGGGCCAGCCAAUAGAAACAUCAUCUGCUUCUCAUCUGUGGUGUUGAUGAGUGAAGACAUCCAUGUUGGCUUUCCCCAUCUGAAAGACCCAAAAAUUUUCACCACUUACCCAUGGGCUCAACCCAAAGUCUUCUGCACCACGAAACCACCACAACGUUGUGACUGGCUCUUCUCCUACAAGCCUCCUACGGUAUACCAUGCCAUAAGCCCAAGCACCGAACUGGAUAUACACUGGAAGCUGGGCUCAAAGAGACCGCAGGUUUUUAAUGGACAUGAGGUGAAGAUACAAAACAUGACCCUCAGUUUUGGUACACGCAAGGAGAGCCAGGAACUAAAGGCUGAGCAGGGAGGGAAGUGGACCUGCAUACUCUAUCAGUGCAAAGACGCUUCUCUCUACUGCCUCUCCUUUGCCAAAGAUGCUAAAACCCUUGAUAAGAACAUUGCUCAAGGUCAAGGUGAUGGAGCCGCCAAUGAAGAUAUCCACAGAGACCUCAAUUGCAGUAACGUUUUCGUCAAUGGCAACAUCGGCCAGGUCAAGAUUGGUGAUACAAGUGAAGUGAAGCUCUAG